AUGACUUCCGAGGAGAAAAAGCAGCAAUCCGACCCCUUCGACCCGGUCGGACUGCCAGAUUACGACGAAGAUUUCAUCGAUCCGGACGACCUACGUCGAUUCGAACAAGCACUCAAUGCCCCAGAAGCUUCCCCAUUGGUAGCCCUUAACGACUGGCGCCCUAUCAACCAACGUGUACGCAAGACCCGCGGUCGCCGCAAGAACCCGAAGCGAAGCAAGGAUGAAACUAGAGAAGGCGUCCUAUACACAGUUCUCAAAUGGCCCUUCCUCUUCACGGUCUUCGCAUGGAUCGCCAUGCUGAGCCUUGGCUACAUUUUGGUCAGAGUCUACAUCUUCCUAUAUGAGCAAUGGGUCACAUGGAGGGGGAAGAGGCAGCGGCUGAGAAAGGACUUGUCAGUACAAAAGAACUAUGCAGAUUGGUUGAAAUCAGCCCAAGCGCUGGAUGCCCAUCUCGGCAAUGAAAGCUGGAAGCAGACCGAUGAGUACGCUUACUACGAUCAUAUCACGAUUGAUAAAGUGGUGGCCCAGCUGAAGAAAGCAAGGGCGGAUACGGAGUGGGAGGCUGAGCAUGGUCGGGUGAGUGUCAACGACACUCCGGCCGUGGAAGAGCUUCGGUCUCUGUUGGAGGCUUGUGUGAAGAACAACUUUGCAGGAGUGGAGAACCCUCGAAUCUACAGCGAGGCCUAUUCGGGAACCAAGGAGCUAGUUCAAGAAUAUAUCGAUGAGGUACAUUCGUGUAUUCAGCUGGUACUGAGCAGCAAGCAGGUCGAUCGGGAAGCCAAAUAUCAGCAUUUCAAGCAUCUUGAUACCAACUUCGGGAGGACCGCGCUAUGCCUCUCGGGCGGAGCUACCUUUGCAUACUAUCACUUCGGGGUAGUCAAGGCGCUGCUGGAUAAUGGUGUGCUGCCAGAGCUCAUUACUGGUACAUCAGGCGGAGCACUAGUUGCUGGCCUGGUGGCAACCCGGACCGACGAGGAGCUGAAGCAACUGCUAGUACCGGCACUUGCUCACCGAAUUCGCGCCUGUCACGAAGGUAUCACAACGUGGGUUCGUCGUUGGUGGAAGACAGGUGCUCGGUUCGAUACACUAGACUGGGCUAAACAAUGCAGCUGGUUCUGCAGGGGUUCGACUACUUUUCGAGAAGCCUAUGAAAGAACUGGCCGCAUAUUGAAUGUGUCCUGCGUGCCCUCGGACCCCCAUUCUCCUACUAUUUUGGCAAACUACCUGACAUGCCCCGACUGUGUCAUCUGGAGUGCCGUGCUCGCCUCAGCUGCCGUGCCCGGCAUCCUUAAUCCGGUCGUUCUGAUGACCAAAAAGCGGGACGGUACACUUGCCCCUUACUCGUUCGGGCACAAGUGGAAAGACGGAAGCCUGCGGACCGAUAUUCCCAUCAAAGCGCUGAACUUACAUUUCAAUGUAAACUUCACGAUCGUCAACCCCCAUGUGAACCUCUUCUUUUUUAGCUCCAGAGGAACCGUGGGGCGACCGGUCACCCACCGCAAGGGACGUGGCUGGCGUGGUGGGUUUCUCGGCACCGCUAUUGAGCAGUACAUCAAACUCGAUCUUAACAAAUGGCUCCGAGUCCUACGCCAUUUAGAGCUACUACCUCGGCCACUGGGGCAAGACUGGAGUGAGAUUUGGCUACAAAAGUUUAGGGGCACUAUUACGAUCUGGCCUAAAAGCAUCGCUUCCGACUUCUACCACAUUCUCUCUGAUCCAACGCCCGAGCGGCUCGCUCGCAUGAUUCAAACCGGUCAGCAAAGUGCUUUCCCUAAAAUUCAAUUCAUCAAAAAUCGACUUAAUAUCGAAACGGCGAUCAUGAGAGGACUUCAAGAAUGUUCCGUCACCGGGGGCCGUUCCGACUGGAUGAGAACCUCCCCGAAAAGAAAUAACGACUCUGGAUACAAGUCCGAGUCGCAUUAUCUGGAUUUCUCUGAUGGCAUGUCGCACUCAACUGCCUCCUCGCGCCCUCAGACCCCGACUUCUAGGAGGGGUAGCCUUAUGGAGGAGAUGCGGCGCCAGUCGGCUGUCUUCUUUGAUGAUACCGACUUGGAUGGUGACGAAUAUGCUGUAGUCACCUGA